GAGCGUUUGACUGAACACGUUUGUCUUGUAGUGACUCUCAGUUUGAGGGUGUGACCUAUCCUCACAUCGAGCAAGCUCAGUCUGAAACACAAAACGUUAAUUCUUCCUGUGGCCAGUCCCAUCAGGGCUUUUUACAAGGCGACGUGUGGAACCUGGCGUUUUCGGAAACUUUUCAUUAAAAACCUUCAGUUGGCUGCCGCCGUUUGGGAUGUUGAGGUGGAAGGCGAGGAGGAGAGAACGCGGACACUUUUCCAACUUUCUAAUUUGACUUUUGGAAAAGUGUAAUUGAAACACACAGCGGUAUCUACAACUGAAGAGUAACGGAGUUGGUAUACGGACUUGUAGGCUACUCACAACUGUUGGGAUACUGAAGGGCAGAAACCGUCAGCAUGGGGGAUGUAAUUUCUUCGCAUCUGGAUGAAGGCAAGCGUGAGAUGAUAACAGCAUGCACACGUGUAGUGCUGGAGGAGUUUGGGUGGGUGUAUGAGCAGCAGUAUGCCGUGGCUCUCUUCAACAACGUGCGCUUCGAGAUUGAAGGUGGAGGAGGAACACAGACCCAGCUGCUGCACCGGAAGGACCCACUGAAGGACAAGUGCAUCUUUUCUGGAAGUCUCUACAAGUACCUGGAAGAGAACAAGAAAUGGCGUCAUCGCUUUCUCUACGUGGACGACACUUACAACAUCGCUCUUUACGAAAACAAACAGGCCCACGAAAGAGGCUUGCAUCCCAAGGGGAACAUCAACUGUGCUGGAUACAGAGCCCUGAACUCCAUGGAGGAGUACCUGGAACUACUCGACACCAGCCUGCCCGGGGUGAAAGCUAAAGCGAGCAGUUCGCCGUUCCUCCGGUGCCCGUCUCAGUACCCGCUGAUCUUGUGGCACCCGUAUGCCCGUCACCACUACUUCUGUGUUAUGACUGAGAAGGAACACAGCAAGUGGCACGCUGUCCUCCAGGACUGUGUCAGACACGUAAACAACGGUCUCUCGGAGGAGUCCACAGUGCAGACCCCAGCCUUCACAGAUGCCGUGAGGCUCUACAGGCAGUCCAAAGGCCACUACGGCACCUGGGACAUGAUGUGUGGGGAGCCCGCUCAGAUCCUGGCUAACCUGGUGAUGGAGACCCUGCACCCUGAGCUAAGGACUCUGAUUGUUCCUCGGCUGAAGGGCAAACUGCAGCAGAGGCAGAGGAACUGGAUGCUGAUCUCAGAUGCGGUGUACAAGCAGGUGCUGUCACUGACGCGGGCGCAGCACGAGGCGCUGGUGCAGGUAUGUGAGGCACAGCGCCCCCGCCUGGACGCCACGCUCCGCACAGACAUGGACCAGAUCAUCAACUCCAAAGACCACAUCACCGGAAAGAUACGCUCCCUAGUGCUGCCCAAAGCAGACCAGCUUCUGCGGGGUAGCGUCCAGUCCUACAUCAGCUCCAUCCUGGAGGCCCUCAUGGAUCCCAUCAGUCGGGGCUUCGCCGAGGUGCGCAGCAUCUUCUUCGGGGAGCUGGUGGAGGUCAGCAAGAACACACUCAACCACAGCGGAGGCAAGGACCGGCUGGGGGAGCACAUGGACAAGCUAUCCAUGCUGGCCUUCCACCCGGUGAAGAUGCGCAGCUGCUAUGAGAAAGUGGACCAGCUCAGUCUGGACGGCCUGCAACAACGCUUCGACUUCUCCAGCCCCUCCGUCUUCAUCCAAAGGGCCCAGAUCCUCAUGAGGGAGGAGAUGGAUAAUGCCGUGUACACCUUUGAGCAGCUACUGCAUCAGGUUCUGGGCUCCCAGGGAGACGACGAUCUGUGUAAGGCCAUUCAAGGCUGCCAGGACAGAGUGUUGAAGAAAUAUGACUACGACAGUAGCAGUGUGCGCAAGAAGUUCUUCAGGGAAGCGCUCCUCCAGAUCAUCAUUCCAUUCAUGCUCAAGCAGCUCUCUCCAGUCUUUGCUAAUGACCUGCCCCGGUUUCAAGAGCUCAUCUUUGAGGACUUCUCUCGCUUCAUCCUGGUGGAGAACGUCUUUGAGGAGGUGGUGCUGCAGUCCGUCACCAAGGACAUCAUGAUGGCUGUGAAGGAGGCAGCCGUCCAGAGAAGGCACAACCUGUACAGAGACAGCAUCAUCAUGACCAGCAGCGACCCCAACCUGCACCUUCUGGAGGACAACACGGUCAACUGGAGCCAGGAGUACGGGGGCGAGGAGCAGGAGCAGGAGCAGGGCAGCCUGGUUGCAGGCAGGGACGGAGGAGGGAGCAACAGGAGGCGCAGGCAGAUCGUCUCCAUGAUCCAACUGGAUGGGAUUUCGCUGCCUUACGAGUCAUGCAUGGAGGUGCCCGGCGUGGAGGGCAUCCCAGAGGAAAGUGAGGCCCAGAUGGAGGAGGAUGAGUCGGACUCCGCCACCACCAACGCUGCUGCUCUGGAGAAAGCCAUGCCUGAGUCCCCUGAUAGCGUGCAGGAGAUCCGUGGUCUCCUCAACCCCGGGGUGAUGAUUCAGGUACCGGCUGGGGACGCAAACACAGACGCAGACAGACCCGUCCUGACCAAUGGGGUCAAAUCUUUGGAAGAGGGAGAGGAGGCUCAGAGAGGAGUAGAGGAGGUGGAGGAGGAGGAGGAGGAGGAGGUGCAGAGAGAGAUCAGUGGAAUCUCGCCAGAGGAAGAGGAGGCAAGCUCAGGAGGAAGCCUACAGAAUGCAAAGCAGAGCACACAGGAAGAUGAAGCAGCAGCCUUAUGUCAACAGGAGGUAGAAACACCGGUGGCCACCUCACAGGAGGUAGAAACAUCCGUGGCCACCUCACAGGAAGUAGAAACACCUGUGGCCACCUCACAGGAAGUAGCAACACCUGUGGCCACCUCACAGGAAGUAGAAACACCUGUGGCCACCUCACAGGAGGUAGAAACAUCCGUGGCCACCUCACAGGAAGUAGAAACACCUGUGGCCACCUCACAUGAAGUAGAAACACCUGUGGCCACCUCACAGGAAGUAGAAACACCUGUGGCCACCUCACAGGAAGUAGAAACGCCUGUGGCCACCUCACAGGUAGGCGAGAUGCCAGCAGCAUCAGCGUCAACACAAGAGGACCAUGGGGCCGAGCUGCCAGCAGAGAUCGCUGUCGACUCCGAUUUGAAUUCCAGCCCUCGUCACCACGACGACAGCGGGUUCCAGUCACCGACCAAUGAGGCGCUUGAGGAGGAAGACGAGGAGCACGAGAAGGCAGAGAGCCGGUCAGCGGGUGAGGUGGUCAAAGCGAGCGCACUGGAUCCAGAGGAAGUCCUCCUGGAGAUCGGCCAGCCACACACCACAGACGUCUCUCCCAGAGACACGGUGCAGAAUGGGGAGUAUGCAACAGACAUUCUCCUGUGACCUUCACCCAAAAGCACAAAGGAUGGAUGUGGACAUGGGGUCAUUUUGAAAUUUGUUUCAGUGCCUUUUUCUUUUAAACUGACAAGAAUCUGAGCUGGGAAUGGCCAAAAUUUCUCAGCAGCAAAUGAUUUUAUGUGUCCUUCUUUAUUUUAUUUUUAUCUGUUUGCCCUUGGCUAGAUUUCCUUUUUGGUUUUAACCAGCGGCAAAAGUUAUCUGGGUUUCUCACAUUUCCCUGCUUUGAAUUUCAUUUUAUAUAUUUUCCCAUUUAAGUGACAUAUAUUCGUAUAUUGAUAAUUAUUUUGAUUUCUUGUUUAGUUUUAUUCCUUUUUGUACCACCACAAUAUACAGGUGGUGCCCAACUGGUAAUAAUAUCUAAUGCAGAUGUCACUGAAAACACUAUUGCCCCUGAGUCUUGGCACUUCAUGACGGUUUCACUACCAACUCCUAUUUCUAUCACUGUUACCUGCUCUUACUUUGUAUGUCUAGACACUGAAUGUAUUCAAAUGUAGAGUAGGGUCCAUUCACUGAGGAUGUUUCUGCUUUUAAGCAUAACCAGUCAGUGGUGUGAGGGUCAGUCAGGUGUUUAGGGAGGUGGUAAUCCUGAUAAUUGCAGAAAUAGCAUGAAGAGGUUUGUCGCCCUUAAUUAUUUGUUGGGGAUUUGUGUUUUCCUGAGAGACAUUGUCAAAUGCCUAUCAAAGGCCUAAUGGCCUUUGUGUUUGUGUGUGUGUGUGUGUGUGUGUGUGUGUGUGUAUAAAGACAGUUUAAAAAAAAGAUACCUUAUCAGUUUUUAUAGCUUAUAAGAGCUAUAAAGUAAUUACUCCUGGACAUUUGUUGAUGUACUGAUAGGCUGUGAGAACCGUUCUUUGGCUAAAUAUGUUUAUUAUAUUAUUAUUUUUAUUUAAAAAUAUGUGUUUGCUUUCAUUUCAGCUAUAAUUUACCGAUGCUCUUUACAGCUAGAUCUAUAGUUUUCAGAGGACCAAAGUUUAAUUAGCAGACUUUGGUAGAUACUUUUUAUACCUUCAUUUUUUAAUGUUUAAGCAUUUGCUUCCUUAUAUACUGUUCCAUACCUACUCACGCAGAACCUAAUAACUGUUUAUUUAUGGAGCAUUUGUCAUACAUUUAUUUUCCCCUCAGCGGCCUUGUUGUAAUUCUUCUGCUGUAAUAUGCAAGGGCAAGAGAAAGAGUGUGAGAAAAUGGCAUGCAUGCAGAGACAGUUGUAACAGGUGCUGUUGGCUAUGUCAAUAGGCCAAGGCAAGCUGAGGUCACCCACCGCCGGUAUCUUAACUUUAUUCAAACACCUGCGCGGUGCUGUGUGCACAAGUAGCACAGCUUGUCUAAUCUUCACCAGUCCACAGGUACACCUUUGCAUGUCUGUGUAGGACUGUGGGGGGAAGGUGCUGACCAACUGCAGCCCUUUAGGGAGAGGGUUACACUGCUCUCAAAUGUUCUGAGGCCCUUGGUUUUAACUAUGAAACUCAUGCAAGAUGCUUUUAGUAGCUCUUAUGUUUAUGCAGUUCACAGAUCAUUUGGAUGUUUUGGUAUGGUACAUCUACAAAUGUCAAGUGCCAUAUUUGUGGCCAAAUUUCACCUGACUGUUUUCACUAAAACUACCACUUGUGUGAAAUGGUACAAGUACAUAUGCAUAGUGUAAUUGUAUUUCUCUCAACAGCAGGAGUGUCAGUUUGAUGAUGUCUGUUCUUAUUUAUUACUACAAAUCCCAGCAGCCCCAGCUGCAUCACAUCUGUUGCUUUCCUUUUGCUCUUGUAUGAAACAUGCCUGAAAGUGAAUAAUUAAUUAAAUAUUAAUGCUUUUAA